UAUUUGUUCGCGCUAGUGUCGGUCAUUCAAAGCAGAAAAUCAGUCAAGUUACAUAAGGAAGAUUCCGUGUAUAAAAAUAUGAGCAUGGACUGGACGAUUCGUUUAACGUUACCUUUAAAAAAAAUCAUUCAGAAACACCGAUUCGUUCACGAACAGGUCUCUCUCCGAAUAUCAGGUGUUCGAAAUGUUUGUUGCACGUUGUUGAAAACAAAAGUGAACCAGGAAGUAAACAAAUUAAAGCCAAACUUUUCGCGUAGUCACGUUUCUCAGUGCAGAAUAAAGGGGAUAAACGCGUGAAAAUGGUCUUGGAGAAUAUUUUGUUGUCUUUAGCCUCAGUGCAGUGGACAGAUGUAGGGACCGUAUUACUGAUGUUCGUCAUCUUUCUGCUGAUCUCAGACCAUCUGAGAAACAGAAAGCCUAGAAACUAUCCCCCUGGACCCACACCUCUCCCUUUUAUUGGGAAUGCUGUCAACCUGGAUGCUAAACAACCACAUAUUCAUUUAACUAAGAUGUCAGACCAUUAUGGUAACAUUUUCAGCUUGCGUCUGGGAAACUUAAACACUGUUGUUGUGAAUACCUACAGUAUGGUCAAGAAAACUCUUAUUGAUCAUGCAAACAUUUUCACAGGCCGUCCAACCAAUGAUGUGCUCAAAAGAAUAAUUAAGUGCCAAGGGCUGCCAUUCGACCCUCAUUACUUUAUUAACAAUGCUGUCUCCAACAUCAUCUGCUCCAUGGUAUUUGGCAGGAGGUUUGAGUACACUGACCAAAGGUUUCUGAACAUGCUUAGUCUGAUGUCUAAAGCCCUUAAACUACAAACGUCUGUGUGGAUACAGCUUUACAGUGUUUUCCCUUAUAUUAUGGACCUCCUCCCGGGACCUCAUAAAGACCUGUUUUCCUGCUUCCAUCAAAUUUGUGCGUUUAUUAAGGAAGAGGUGGACACGCAUUAUGCAGACUGGGACCCCUCCUCACCCAGAGAUUUUAUAGACUGCUAUCUUACUGAGAUCCAGAAGAGGAAAGAUGAUCUGGAAGCGGGAUUUCAUGAAGAGGGUCUGCAGUACACUGUACUUGAUUUGUUUGUGGCAGGAACUGAGACCACAUCUACCACUCUACUGUGGGCCUUUGUAUACAUGAUGAAAUACCCAGAAAUCCAAGAAAAGGUUCAGCAAGAAAUAUACAAAGUAGUUGGACGGUCGCGUCGACCCAACAUAGAUGACCGACCCAGCAUGCCGUACACUGAUGCUGUUAUCCACGAGGUCCAGAGAAUGGGGAAUGUUGUGCCCCUUAGUGUGCCAAGAGUGACCAAUGAAGACUCAAUAUUGGAAGGAUAUUAUAUUCCAAAGGGUACACAGAUCAUCCCUAACCUGACCUCAGUGCUCUUUGACCAGACCAAGUGGAAGACUCCAUAUUCAUUUGACCCACAGAAUUUUCUUAAUGCUCAAGGCAAGUUUGAAAAACCUGAAGCUUUUAUUCCUUUCUCGGCAGGAAAACGAUCUUGUCCAGGAGAAUCGCUUGCCCGUAUGGAGCUCUUUCUCUUCUUCACAUCCUUUCUACAAUCCUUCACUCUGUCUCCUCAAGGGCGAAAGCAAACAAGCUUGGACUUCAAAUUUGGAAUGACACUCUCCCCAAAGCCAUUUAAAAUAAGUUUCACUCCUCGUUGAUUGUUUAUACAUUUUACAUCAGUGCACCAUAUUUACAAGUGGAAUUUUGCUGUUUCUUCAAAAUGAUCUAUAACCAUGUAAAACUGCAGCUUCUAGUAGACAAAUAAAAAUGGGUAACCUUUAAAAAAAUGUCUAUUUAUCCCA